CCCCCGGAGAGCCCCCCCCACCGAGCUCCCCCAGCCCGCCCGGCCAUGGAGAUCGGCACCGAGAUCAGCCGCAAGAUCCGGAGUGCUAUUAAGGGGAAAUUACAAGAAUUGGGUGCCUAUGUUGAUGAAGAGCUUCCUGAUUACAUCAUGGUUAUGGUGGCCAAUAAGAAAAGUCAAGAGCAAAUGACAGAGGACCUUUCCCUGUUCUUAGGGAACAACACAAUCAGAUUUACUGUUUGGCUUCAUGGUGUUUUAGAUAAACUUCGCUCUGUUACUACUGAACCUACUAGUGUAAAACCUUCUGAGUCCAAUAUCUUUGAAAGUAACCCACCUUCAAGCAAAAGUGGUUCAGGUGGGGGAGAAGAGAGAAGGCAUGAGGAAGUACUACCACCUGUUGCAGUCUCCAGCACUCGAACUGAACGAAAUGACUCCAGAGUUACCACAAGCUCACAAGAGCAGCGAGCCACUACCAUUCGGCAGUCUUUUGAUGAUGGAUCUGCAGCUCGCUUAAUGUCAGCCGUGAAACCUCUGAGAGACCCAGCACCCUCUGAAGAUGUGAUUGACAUUAAACCUGAGCCAGAUGAUCUCAUUGAUGAAGACUUAAAUUUCGUACAGGAGAAUCCCUUAUCGUCUCGGAAAAAACCUAUUGUGACAGUUACGUAUAGUUCCUCUCGUCCUUCUGUGGAAAUUUACCGACCACCAGCAAGUCGAAAUGCAGAUGGUAAUGCACAUUUGAACCGAUUGCAGGUGCAGCAGAAUAACAUUCAGUCUGGCAAACAAUUAGAGGUACAAACAAGAUCAUUUGAAACAGGCCAUUUGGGUGAACCAGAAGCACUUAGCAGUGUAGCAGAGACACAUAGACCGUCCUCCAAACCCCACAUUGAUAAAACAAGCAAUGAGGAAGAAAACUCUCGGAAAAGAAAAUUACCUGUGAUAAGUUCAGUCGUUAAAGUAAAAAAGUACGGUAAUGAUGGAGAAGAGGAGGAAGAAGACGAUGAUUUUGGAUCACGGAUAGGAAGCGUCUCCAGUAGUGUUUCGGUACCAGCAAAGCCUGAAAGAAGGCCUUCUCUCCCACCUUCCAAACAAGCUAAUAAGAAUCUCAUAUUGAAAGCAAUAUCUGAAGCCCAAGAAUCAGUAACAAAAACAACUAACUAUUCCACAGCUCCACAGAAACAAACGGUUCCAGUUGCUCCCAGAGCUCGAAUUGCUCAAGAAGAGUCUCUAAUAGAAGUGAUCCAUGGGCAGGGCAGACCCUCCAGGCAGAGCCCCCCAGUACAAGUAGAGGAACCAAAAGAGCAGAAUUUAGAAAUAAUUCAAGGUAAGGGCGCUCAACAGAGGGAGUUGUUUUCCCGGCUGCAAAUUGACUCAGGGCUGGAGGAAAACGUACAGUUGAUUCAAGAUUGCUAUGAUAUGGAUUCGAUGGUCCAUGCAGACACCAGGUCAUUUAUUCUCAAGAAGCCAAAGCUUGCUGAAGAAACCACAAUGCCAUCGAACCAGGAAUCAGUAGUGAAGACUGCAGAUGCACUCCGGGUCCUUUCAGGGCGUCUUAUUCAAAGCCGAGAGCUCGUUCCAGCAGAUAAACCGGCAAGUCCUAAGUUUAUAGUGACUCUUGAUGGUGUCCCCAGUCCCCCAGGAUAUAUGUCGGAUCAAGAAGAGGAGGAGAUAUGUGAUGAAGGUAACCAGGAUCCAGAAAACCAGGCUGCAUCAGCAAACAAGGGAAUCAAUGGCCUUCGGGCCCAGCUGUUGCCUAUGAUGAAUAGGCAGCUUGAUGAUCCCGAUGGAAAUUUUCCAAAUACUGAAGAGAGCGAACUAAAUGUUUUGCAGAAACCAGAGAAACUGCCUGAGCGCUGCAAGUACUGGCCUGCCUGUAAAAAUGGGGAUGAGUGCGCUUAUCACCACCCCACAUCCCCAUGCAAAGCCUUCCCUAAUUGUAAAUUUGCUGAUAAAUGCUUGUUUAUUCAUCCAAAUUGUAAAUAUGAUUCUAAGUGCACCAAACCAGAGUGUCCCUACACUCAUGCCAGUAGACGAAUCCCAGUUCUGCCUCCUAAAGCAGCACCAACCACAACACCAUGUAACAAUAAUCACCUCUGCCGAUAUUUUCCUGCCUGUAAGAAAAUGGAAUGCCCAUUCUACCAUCCAAAACACUGCAGGUUCAACACGCAGUGCACAAGACCUGACUGCACAUUUUACCAUCCUGCAAUUACUGUGCCACCACGGCAUGCCUUGAAAUGGACUCGACCACAAACCAGUGAAUGACAACCAAACCAGUCAACUUGGAAGAAUCAAAAUAAUUCCUAUCUCUGGAUUCUACUGCUGAAGAAUGGAAACAUGUUUAAAUAGGCUUUUUUAAAUAUAAACAAGAAUUCAGAGUAAGAAAAAACUAGCCAAAUUCCAUUAAAACACUUUGAGGCAUGGUUGGGAGCCUAUUUUGUAUCAAUACUCAGUUUAUAAAAUAAGGAGGUUUUGUUGUAAAUGUGUGCUUUCCUGUUGUCUUCUAUGAUACAUUUAGUCCUUUCAUUUGAUGGUAGAACUUCUCAGUUGCAAACAAAUGUUCUUAUUGUGUCUGUUUAUAUCAAGUGUGCAAGGAAAUUCAUUGUAAAGCUAGGAAAAGAUAGCCUGAGUCAUUGUAGCUCAUAUUAUACAGGUAGCAGGAAGGUAUGGAGAUUAUUAAUAACAAUUUAGUGAGAUUUUUUCAUAUUGAAAAUAAUGCAAACAAGGUUUUGGAACAGGGUUUUCAGAUGAAGCACUCAAUUGUCUUACUUUGUUUGGAGUAAAUAAACACUUUGAAAACAA